CACCUGCCUCUUUCAACAAGUAGGUGGAGAAACAAAGUUUAUUUAAACUUCAAAACCGAGGAUAUCUCCAGUGUCCAUUAAUAGCGAAAAUCUCAUAAUAUCCGUGGAUUUUGACUGUGCUUUUCGUUUAAUUAAGGAGGAACCAGAAAGCGAAUUGCAACUUCGGUAGGGAGAGUUAAACUUGACGUGGAUGUGGUCGAUUAACAUCACGGAUAUCACAACAAAAAGGAAUAAAAUGCUUCGUCAGCUUCUACACAUUUUCUUUGGUUUAACAGAUGUACUUUUUAUAGCUUAUUAUAGAGAAUGAGAUGGCUGAUGUUGGCCGAGUAUGGUUUUUACAUGUUACACGUGUAUUCCACAGCAGAUAAUUUGUUUAAUAGCGUUGCUUGCGCAUUGUAGUACUCCUAACAGUCAAAAAGCCGCAGCCAGUAGGCUAGUAGGCGAACGCUUCAGCGGCCAAAUUAAAUGUGCGAUUGUAUUAUUAAAAUGCUACUCAGUGCUAAUAAGUCAAAACUAGCAAAAAGAGUACGAGUGACUUCACGAGCAUCAGUGACAAAAUCCUUUACUAAAUCUGAAGUGAAAGUAAGCAAACAGACCCAGUCCUGGUUCAUAGCCUAUUCUAAAAUCCAUAAUGUGAAUGUCUGAAGACUAUAUAAACCAAUUUUACAAUCUCAUACAUACAUAAUGCCAAAGUGAUGAAGAGAAAAAUAGUAGGCUAUCUGACGUCCGGUCAUUUUAACAAACAGAAUUGCUGCGCUCCAGAUGUGACUGGGAUUGUUGUAUAUGUUUCUCAGCCAACUCCAGUCUCUGAGUCGAAUUAACUAUAAUUGGACAGCAGGUUUCCCCAACAGUGCGCGAUGGCCGAGGUCGGGGGCUUUCUUGGGACAUUCGAUUUGGAUUUACAAGUGUUUCCAGCACUCGGGAGUAUUCCUUUGCCUGAACCGCCUGUGGGUUUGAAUGAAAGACUGGGGCAGAUUGAAGGGAGGUUGCAGCGAGGGUCGCUGACAGAUUUUGGCCACCUGAAGGGUAUUCUACGGCGGCGACAGCUGUACUGCCGGACGGGUUUCCAUCUGGAGAUAUUUCCCAAUGCCACUGUACAAGGGACCAGGCAAGACCAUAGCAGAUUCGGGAUUUUGGAAUUCAUCAGCCUGGCUGUGGGGUUGGUCAGCAUCAGGGGAGUGGAUGCUGGACUCUAUCUGGGGAUGAAUGAGAAGGGAGAGCUCUAUGGGUCGAAGAAGUUGACCGCAGAGUGUGUGUUCCGGGAGCAGUUUGAAGAGAACUGGUACAACACCUAUGCCUCCACGCUGUACAAGCACUCGGACACAGGGAGGUUCUACUAUGUGGCCCUAAACAAGGACGGUUCUCCCCGCGAGGGUAGCAGGACUAAAAAACAACAGAAGUUGACUCACUUCCUGCCCAGGCCUGUGGAGAUUGAGAAGAUCCCACAGGGAUACAGAGACCUGUUUCAGUAACCAGGGCAUUGCCUUGGACUGUUACCGGGGAAACUGGGGCAUUGCUUUGGACUGUACGGCCUGGGAAUGCUGUAAAGAGUCUGAAGGCGAUUUCUCAUAACCCCCACCCCACCCCCCUCUCCAGGUGCGUUUAUGUCUGCUUUCCGGCCCAAAUGGAAUACACACUCCUUCGAGGCUAUCACCACAAACAUUGCGUGUGUGUUCCUGGAUAUAUCUGCUUCCUCCCUUGCUGGUACUUUUGAAAUCUUCAGUGAUUCAUCAAGGAUCAGUUUUCAGUCAUGGAGUCCACAUAAGAGAAAAUGCCAGAACAGGAGCUGACAAAUCUAUUGUGGUAUAAGGCAGACUACCUGUAAGCAUAAAUGCGGGCCUAAUUCCAUCAGACUUUACACUCCUAUGUGCAACCUACCCAUCUAUGACAUGGAGUCAUUAAAGAAAGGAAGGAUGGCUAAUAGAACCUUGGGAUACCCAAUCUUAUCCACCUUUUACACAGGCCUGGGAACCAGUGUUCAGAGGUGGGUUCAUCCUGGUAAUUUCCCAGGUCUUCUCGAGUGUGAAAGUGUAACCUGGGAUUAAUUUGCUCAAUCAGCCAUGAAUUACAUUCUGUCCAAUUUCAAGGAGGUUUGAAAAAAAAAAAGCGAAUAAAUCCAGAAAAGACUGGCCAAACAGUGGUUCGUCCAUGUUAUGACCCGCUCUAGGGUCAGACUGUAACAGGAAAUAGGAUAAGGGAAGUGAGUGGGGAGUGGGUAAUGGGAAUGAUAACUGCAGACUGACGAGCAACUCCGGUCCCUAUCUGCCUAUCCAAAACCAACUAACAUGGCUAGUCUUUGAAGGCAUGCCAGGUUCAGGGCAACUGAGUUUCGGGACACUUGGGGACAUAUUUACUAAGGAUUUGCUGGGCUUUUGAAGAUGCUAACGAGUUAAUUAGGAGGUAUAUGCUGGUAAAACGAGAUAUCUAAAAUUGUGGAAUACCUAAAAUUUGCGUGUUUGGGAUAAUGCAUAUCAAUGAACUCUGAAAAAUAUGGGAGGAGAGAAUAUAAAUUUAUGCAUAUGACCUGCUACUGGUGAUUUGCAUCUGUUUUUUUAACAUCUGCGAAAAGCAGGUGUUAACUUCUUUUCAGCACAAGAUCAACAUGGCAUCAUCAGUGUGUUAGAAUAGGUUAGAGUCACCAUAAAUGUAACAGUUCUUGGAUUUUGCUAAUUUAUUCAGAAAGUAUUUAGUCUAGCAUUAUGAAAUUUUACUUCAAAACAGAAUUGAUAUGUCAGCAGUCUAGACAUUAGCCUUUUCAGUUACAUUCAUAACUAUUGAGUCGGAUGAAAUUAAAAUGCCCAAUAAUGUGUGUACGCAGGUUUUUUCUGCACAUACUAAUAUUAAUCAAGAAAAUACAUUUCCAGAUUAUUCACGAAAAAAGACAACUUCGUAACUUACCGUGUCGUGGAUGAGGUAGCCGUUUCUUUUCCAUGAAUCACUUGAGGCUGUGUCAACACAGCAAGCAAAUUAGCUGAACACAUUUAACCUUAAACACUGAACUAACUUAAAGUGAAACACGUUGAUGAGUAAAAUUCAUUUCUUUAUUAAAAUGCUUAAGGUUUCCCUAAAAGGACACUACAUGUGCAGUAGGUGGUUAUGAUAUUUGUUAAUCUGGGAGGUGGUAGAUCACUGAAUUGCACAUAUACAAACCUGAAAAGACUAUGGUAGCCAGAUUGUACAUUAAGUUAUUGACCGUGUUACAUUUAUCAAGCGUUACAUUUAUGGGGACUCUCCCAUACAUUUGCGAAAGGAGAGAAUCUUAUGAAAUAUUUUAAAACACACAACUUCUUAAUCAUUAGGAACAAUUGUCUGUUAGAAAAGUUGAGACACAGUGACUCUGGAGAUGGUUGGCUAUUCGGUACAGAAUUAAACAGCUUUAAAUAUUAAAACUGUGUUCUGAAGUUUUUUUUACUAGCGAGACGUGUUUAAACAUUUAAAGGUGACAGCACCGAUCCAUUGCAUCCAUGGAUCCUGACACCUGUCCUAAACCCGACCAGAGAUGGCGCGGUACAACAAUGCUGCUUUCCUGCCCUGCGCAAGGUGCAUCUUUAAUACUAGCAGUACAUUUAAAUGAACUUUGUGCGGCUAUACUCAUUUACGUAACCAGUCUUGGUAUAUACCCCGCUAAAUUGAAAACAUGCAGCAAUGCAGAAUAUUUUGCGGCACUGAUGGCAAUAUUCAGCAUUAUCUUAGUAAAUAUGGCCCUUAGUCUGCAGGCUGAGACCGUAGGGCCUACAUAAGAGGGUAGGAGGGGCGAGGUGGUGAAGCCUAGGAAGUAACGGGAAACGGCCUCUACUGCGCAUGCUUGAGAGCAAAAGAGCUUACUGCCCAAUGAAUUCAGUGUGGAAAACCAAGGUGAUUUAACUACCAAAGCAAACCUUGUCGGUCCUUUUUUUUGUGAUUAUAAAUUUCAUUAUGUGUAGCACUUUGUGAAACAAAGUUUAUUGGUCCAGAAGUCUUGGGAAAAUAUUUAUUAAAAUGUGCAUAUUUUAUUACAUUUUACAUAUCUUUGCAAUCUGCUUUUCAUAUGAAAUGUAACAUUUCAAAAUACCAUCAAGGACAUUUUAUUGUGCCUUCAAAAGUUUCAUAUUCCCCAUUCACUUUACUGAAAACUCCAAUGUUUUGCCCUCAACAUGCGCAGUACAGGCUUACGUUCACGACUUCACAAGCUUAGGUUAGAUGAAGGUGUGCUUGCCCGUCUUGUUAAAUAUGCAUGUCUAUGGCUGAGACCAAGAAUCGUAAUAGUGUACCUCCAACGGAAAUUUCAACUUCCACCCAGAGUCACCUUCAAAAUAAAAAAGGAAAAAUAAUAAAGCAAAAUAACAAAAUAGUGUCCCAGCCAAUUUGAUGAAGAACAGGAAGAACAAGACACACACGCAACAGAGACUAAUUUAAACACAAGACUUAUGACAGAGGUCCUAACAGUCCACACGCUUGAAAUCACAGUGUAAACAAACAUUUAAUGUCCAUAUUUAAUGGCAAAACACAAAAUAACCUAAAAAAAAAGUGAUGUAAAUCACACAUGACUUGCAAACCCUGGAUUACGCUGGUUAUAAAUUCCUGGGUUCCCCAUCUGGUAUAAAUGUGGCAGAACUCCAGGGAUUAAAAUACCAGGUAAAGCCAGAGUUCAAGUUCCUUUAGCAUUCUUAGCUAUGCAAGGUUGUCUGCAAAUCUGCAAUGUUAAUUGAGCUCUUACUGGUCAUAGCUCCACAAUGUGGCUACUUUGGAUAAGAAGUUCUGUUGGGUUCAGUGUUCUGAAAAUAAUAUUUCCAAAUGUAGGAUGAUCCUUUUUUGAACAGGAACUCAGACACGCUCAGACACUUCUUUGUGAAAGUACCCUGUUUGAUCCGUCAGCACUAGAGAUGAUUAUUGUGGGUUGAAACAUGAUCUUCACUGAUGUGGUUGACAACCAAUGAUUCAAAUAAUAAAUUAAAUAUGGGAUAAAUGAAAGAGAAGAAAGGAAGCAAUCCUGGACUGUGUUCACAUAAAGAAAGAAAAUGGCACUGGUUGAAAUUCUUCAUUUCAAGAAUCUUGGACUUCAGAUGCUGGGGUGAGACAUUGGAAAAUGACAAAGCACUUAAAGAAACAAUAAUAUUGGAAUGCACCACCUUCUGCUUUCUGAAGUUUACAUUGAACAAAUAAAAAACAUAACAUCAAAAAAUAAAUAAAAAAUCAAAGACACAAGAGCUACUGUUUCCCCAUAGUGGUUAGCAGUAGGAUAUGUGUACAGUAUGUUGGCUUCUGAGUGGUGUGUCAUGUUAUGAUUGUCAGUAACAUUAUUAAAAUGUAUGUAAAGGUGGUGAACCUAUUUAUAAGUUGCACAAUGUAUUUAUUAUUUUAUUUUCUCUAUACAAAAUAUAUUUAUUUUUUUAAAAACUUUUUAAUGAUGAACUUGAAAGUUUAGAUUCUGCUGAAUUUGACAAUAAAAUUGUCCUGCUAUUGAAGAUUCA